CACAUAAGUUAAUUGUCUCGCGAUCAGAGUGUUUACAAUUUAAUUUCACUUCUUCUUUUACUCUAAUUUGUGAGAAAUUUCAUUCUCUUCCAGUGAUUACCAUGGGAUUAAAUAUGUUCACCUGUUUGUCUUUAUUAGGCCUUGUUACUUUGAUCAAUGGUCGAUUCAUUUUCCCUUUGAGUCCAAUUGAAACAUCUACUGGACUUUCAGCUGAUUAUUAUCUUCGUGGUAAACCUUUGUCAUCUUCCUCUCUGGAAUCUUCAUCUUCCUCACCAUCAAUUGAAUCUAAAGAUGAUCUUGAAUCGUCUCAUGCUUCACCCGUUGGAACCCGAUCAUCAACUGGACGAUCUUAUGAAAGAAUUCAGGAAACUACUUAUCAGCCUGCUGAACCUUACAACUUCGGCUAUGAUGUUCGAGAUGAUUAUGGUAACCGACAAUACCGAAAGGAAGAGUCAGAUGCUUCCGGAGCUGUUCGGGGUUCAUAUGGUUACACCGAUGCCAAUGGCCUUUUCCGAAUUGUUGAGUACAUUGCCGAUGCAAAUGGCUUCCGUGCCAACAUCAAGACUAAUGAACCAGGAACUGCCGCCCAACAAGCAGCUGAUAUUAUCCUUUCCGCUGAGAGUCCACCUCGAGCCAUUGUCGAAGCAGCUUCAGCACCCAAACCAGUUACAGAAGAAGCACCAAAAGAAGUUAUCAAAAAACAAAGCGAAUCAGUAAUCAGAGGAUCGGCUUAUGAUAGACUUAAUCGUCCAUCAUCAUCUUCGUCAUCAAUCCCAGUUGAGCCUACUUACCUUUACAGAACAGCUCUACCUUUACCCUCGACUCCAACCUCAUCUUCAUCCUCAUCAUCAGUUUCAACCUCAUCUUCUUCCUCGUCCUCAUCUCCUUCUUCAUCACCAUCAACUGAAAUUGAAAAGGAAAGACAAUAAUCAAAUUGAUUAAACUAAUCAAGAUGAUGACUAAAAAGUAUCUCUUAAUUAGUUGUCACAGAUACUGUAUAUUCAAUUGUAUUAUCAAUUACAAUACAAAGUCUUUGACAUUUGUGAUUAAGAUUAAAAAUUAAAUUACAUACAAUCAAA